AUGUAUACAGAGAAAUAGUUGACGUUUGUGAAGAUCAAAAUAAUAAAUUGAAAAAUCAGUUUACAAUCUAAGUCAUCAAACGAUGACUAAUACUUUAUCGGUAAUAUUGACGACGGAUUUGGUUGCUAGAUGAAUUAGUUUUACUUAUACUUGGAAUAGAUCGAAGAAAUCGUGACUGAAAAAGGUGAUAUUUAUUGUGUUUUUGGUGGUGUAGGUCUUUUGUUGACGACGUAGCUAAGACAGCUGAUUCAUACUAAUGACUAAGCUGUCCGCUUGAUCUCUGCAGAGGGAAGUGACCAGGUUUCUGUUUCCAGUUGAUACGUUUUUCAUAAGAAAGAUUCUUAUGUGGAACUUUUCACUAUUUCAGGAUGGAAUUGAGAGUAGGAAAUAAAUACCGUCUUGGGCGUAAGAUUGGAAGUGGUUCAUUUGGAGACAUAUAUCUGGGUACCAAUAUAACCAAUGGAGAAGAAGUUGCAAUUAAGUUGGAAUGUAUCAAAACCAAGCAUCCGCAAUUACACAUAGAAAGCAAAUUCUACAAAAUGAUGCAAGGUGGAGUGGGAAUACCAACAAUAAAAUGGUGUGGUGCAGAGGGUGAUUAUAACGUAAUGGUAAUGGAACUAUUGGGACCUAGCCUAGAAGAUCUCUUCAACUUCUGCUCUCGGGAAUUCAGCCUCAAAACAGUUCUACUAUUAGCAGACCAGCUGAUCAGCAGAAUUGAAUAUAUUCACUCCAAAAAUUUCAUCCAUCGAGAUGUUAAGCCAGACAACUUCCUAAUGGGCCUAGGGAAAAAGGGCAAUCUAGUAUAUAUCAUAGACUUCGGACUGGCCAAGAAAUACAGAGAUUCACGGACGCACCAGCAUAUCCCAUACAGGGAAAACAAAAACCUUACAGGAACUGCACGAUAUGCUAGUAUAAACACUCAUCUAGGAAUAGAACAAAGUCGCCGUGACGACUUGGAAUCGCUAGGUUACAUGUUGAUGUAUUUCAACCUAGGGAGCCUACCAUGGCAAGGACUUAAGGCUGCAACCAAGAGACAGAAGUAUGAAAAGAUCAGUGAAAAAAAAAUGUCAACACCCAUCGAGACACUCUGCAAAGGCUAUCCAUCGGAAUUUUCAACGUACCUUAAUUACACCCGGUCCCUAAGGUUUGACGAAAAACCCGACUACUCGUACCUACGACAAUUGUUCCGCAAUCUGUUCCACAGACAAGGUUUUACAUAUGACUACGUAUUUGAUUGGAAUAUGCUGAAAUUUGGUGGUCGUAGCCAUGACGACAGCAGUAGGGAAGUCCGUGAUCGUGACGGUAGACAUCAUCCUAGGAGUUCAACAACGAGAGCACUAAUGGGCACGGCAACUGGUCGAACCAAUGCCCAGGCAGGCGGCGCAUCCAAUGCUGCUAACUUGACCAAUGCCAUGCAAGGAACUUCACCUCGACCACUCUCUAGAGCGGAAGCACAAAGGUCAGUGAGUAGAAGACUCCAUAGGGGUCAAGCCAGUGCCCAACUGACGGGCAGUGCUGACCCCCUGCGUCGUGAAGGAACACGGCUCACAACUCCCUACUCGGCCAUGAAUGGGGCCGCUAAUCCCUCACUUAGACCCGCAGAACUUUCACGUGAAGAUGGUACAUCCAGAACGACAUCUUCACGUUACCUACGAAAAUGACUAGACAAACACCUCCAUCAGAUCUCACCGACUCCAAAAACUAUUUUGAGAGAAUAAGAAAUGUUUGCUUGUAGAUGAAGUGCAUCAAUCAAUUUGAUGCAAGGAGACUAAAGAGGGCGCUUUCUAUUCUCGCCUUUUUCAAUGCUUCCUGCCAUUGACUUGGAAAUAUUUCGUCUGCAGCAAUGAUUAUUGUAGCCAGUGAUUUCUCUGGUUUGAGAACGAACUUCAGCAAAUGGAAGCUGCCAAGGGAUAUUAAAGGAUGCCUUUGAUUGGUUGUUAUGAGAAAUCUCAAAGAAUGCAUAUGGUAACCAAUCAUCUACCACGCCCAUCUCCAUGUUAGCAACAACGGCGGUCUUAGUUGAUACAUAUUUUACCUGGCAUUUUCAUGACCGUCUUUGAAGAUGAGAGAAUUUGAGGAAGAAAUGUUGUACAGUAAAGAUACAUAACUACAAGAUGCAAUUGAUAGAGUUUGAACGAUACUCAAGCUUUUGUAGUGCGAUUGUGACUGUGUUUACAUUUACUGUAUUGUCAACCCGAGGCUAGAAGCCAGGUCUCUUCAAUUAAAAACAUUAAUUAUAUCCACCCCUUGCAUUUACUGUAUAUCUACACAUUAAUAUGCAUUUUAGAAAAUACUGUAUUGAUAACUUUUCAAUGAGAAAUUGGUUUCCCCCAACAACCUCUUUUUAUGCAAUUCCAUGUGGGAGUACUUUACUUUUGACAAGACUUCAUAAGGAUACAGAUUGCGAUCUUUUUCACCUUUGUUUCCUUAUACCAUCAACACAAUUUUUCAGUGAUGUUUUGUCAACAUACUAUAUGUGAUUGUAAACAAACUUGUCCUGUUUUGGCAAGGUGAGCACUGUCUAAAAUACUGGUUUGUUUUUUUUUUCUUCCUUCUUCCUGGAAACUUAUCAGUUUAUAAUAGAAUAUUGCAUUCUUUGUCAAUUACUUAACAUGCAAAAUAAAUAGGCUAAAUCAAUGAAGUGUUAAUUUCCAUCAAGAUAUAAACUCCUACACAGUCCAUCUAUCAUGUUAACAUGUGCAAUUCAUCCCUAAAACCUGGUAGAUACCAUUAUAACAAACAGGGUUGGUCAGCUAAAAGAUGAACACAAAUCCCCAAAUGCAAUGAGGAUAUAUCCCUCUUGCUAUUAAUGGUAUCUCCUAUGUUCAGAAUAUCAAUAUAAUAUUAUAGCAGUUUGUUUUUAGUUUAUUAUGAAUGCAAAAGUAUUGUUCUGCAAAAAAUAUGACCUUUUACAUUGAUUCUUUUAUACAAUUUUUGUAAUAAUUUGCAGGGCUGUAUAGAUAGUAUCAAACCGCAAUGGAAUAAUACUGCAAUGAAUUUUUACGCAAAUUUUGUGAAUGAAUUUUUUGAGGGAGUGUUUUGAUUGAGAAAUCUUUGAUACAUAAAAUACAUGCAAAUUAUGAUGAAAUCGGUGUACAAAAUUUUCCUUUCUCUUUUUAAGGUUUUCUGAACCAAUUUAUCUAACAGUUGUUUUUGUAACUGUUUGGGGAAUAUACAGUUUUUUUUGGGCACAAUUUAAUAUCAUUGCAGGUCUUAGCUUAUUUUUUUUUUUACUUCCAGAUUCUUUUUCUUUUUUCAGUGAUUCUAAAACCUAUUGUAACUUUACUUACUGUUCACCUAAGAACAAAUAGUGUGAUUUUUCUGUUUCGAUACAUUGGUCAUUAUACUUACACACAGGUCAAUGUAUGUCAUACUUAACUUUACGUUGUAUGAAAUAUGUUUUUCGUUCCAUUCAACUUAUUUUUCCUGCAUUGAUAAAAAUCCCUCAUGCUCAUUUAAAGAGCUGUGUAGAUGCAAUAGAAAGGGCAUAUAUUUUUGUAGAAGCAAAAAUUGGCAUAAACCCACCUUGAAGUUUAAAAAAAAAAUCCUCUUUUUGUUUUAUUAUAUUUCUUUUAAUAUAUAGGUAUAUCCUAUUUUUAUUCAUUUAUUUUGUUUAGUACUUUUAUUAUAUUAUUGCUGUAAUAUUAUCACAAUUUGUUUAAUAUAAUCAUUAUUUUAAUUUUUUUUUUUUACUCAGUAAAGUGAAUUGAAUUAAUUCAAACCAAAAACAGGUCUUUGAAAUAUUGUUGUUUGUUAAUGUAUUACUUUAUUAUUACACAAGCGUGUGUGUGUAUA